GCAUCUCUUCACAUGUAGAGAUGCUUACAGGGAAGGAUGAUUUGAAUCUUCAACUAUAUGUUUUUUCAAUCAAUUGAAAAUGGCAAAAGGGUCAUUGGUUCCUUGAUAUUAUCAUCCCAAAAGGGUCAAAGAAAAGAGCUGUUACACGGCUGUGCCUUUGCAAUCGGCCAGCAGAAUGAAAAUCCUUGAGUUCACCCGAAUCAAACCAUCCUCUGAUUCACCAAAAUCAGCAGCAGAGUUGUCCCUUCCACUCACUUUCUUUGACACUUUCUGGUUCAAACUCCCACCAGUUGAGCGACUCUUUUUUUACCAACUUAGCAACUCAACCCCCGCGUAUUUCAACUCAGUAAUCCUCCCAAAACUCAAGCACUCUCUUUCUCUCACUCUCCUCCAUUACCUCCCUCUUGCUGGUAACCUCAAGUGGCCAUCAACUUCCCCUAAACCCAUUAUUUUAUACACUCCAAAUGAUGGGGUUUCGCUCACUGUUGCUGAGUCCGCUGCAGACUUUAACCUUCUCUCAAGCAAUGGAAUCUAUGAAGCUGUCGAGUUACAUCCUUUGACACCUGAGCUGAUAACAUCAGAUGAUUCUGCAUCAACUAUAGCCUUGCAAAUAACCCUUUUUCCAAAUAUGGGGUUUUGCAUUGGAAUCACUGCUCACCAUGCUGUUCUUGAUGGUAAAGCUACAACCUUGUUCAUGAAAUCUUGGGCUUAUUUAUGCAAUCAAGGUUAUACAGAACACUCUCCCUUGCCGCCAGAGCUAACCCCAUUUCUCGACAGAAGUGUUAUCAAAGAUGUUACAGGGCUUCACCUUGAUAUGCUAUACUUGAACCAGUGGCUAGCUAGUAUCGGGUCCGAUUCAGAUACUAAUAACAAAAGCUUGAAGAUUUUGCCAAACAAAGGAGAAUUUAGCGAGGAAUUUGCAAAAUCAGCGCAAAUUAUUAGUGUUGCAGGAUCACCUCGAUUUGAAGUUUAUGGUUCAGAUUUUGGUUGGGGAAAACCAUUGAAGGUGGUAGUUGUUUCCAUUGACAAGAACGAAGCUAUUUCCGUGGCUGAGAGCAGAGAUGGGAGCAGGGGAGUCGAGGUUGGUUUGGCUUUGAAAAAGCAUGAAAUGGAGUUUUUUUCCUCUUUGUUUCUAAAAGAUGUUUAACAAGAUGUUGAAAUGUGGAAUAAAAUGAAAAUAGUGAGUACUUAUUUUUAAAAA